CUGAGUGUUGUUUCCGUCCGUCAUGUCUGCGCUUCCUCUCCUCGAUAAGCCGCUGUCGCUGGACGUCCUGCGCGGCCUUGGUACCACCAAUGGCCUCUACACUGUGCUCUUCGGAUGGCUCUUUGGGAUGACGAUCUGGCAGCCCUUCUUCGGCGCAACCAUCGCGCAUCGUGCUCUUAACAAGCCGUCCUUCGCCACCCUCCAGCACAAAACCUGGCCUGUCUACUUCCAGCUCAGCACCGCCCUGAGCGCCUCCUGCAUCUACCUCCUCUACCGUGCAGACCCCGGCGUGUUCAACUCACUCUUCGCCCUCCGCGCGGGCGGAUUGCUCAGCGUGGGCUCGUUGCUUGCGGUGUUCGUGGGUCAGGCGACGAACUGGCUGGUGCUCGGGCCGAUGACGAGCCGGUUGUUGUAUGAGCGGGAUACGCUGGAGAAGGGGGAGAAGAAGGGGUCGGAGACUGAUGAGGCUGUCAAGGCCUUGACGAAGAGGUUCCUUUGGAUCCAUGGGGUCAGCUCCAUUGCCAACCUCUUUGCGUUCUUCGCUGUUGUGGCGCAUGCGCUGUACAUCGGGCAGGCUGGGCCAUUCUAAAGGGUGGUCGGACGCAGACAAAGCAGGAAACGAAGACCUCCGUGUUCAUGUACCGAAUGACCAGACUACUCACUUCACAUUGCUAGUGUACUUGUCAUGUUUGUUACGAUUGUUGCCGUUGAACGAGUGCAAUGAGACCGAAAAAUGGACUGAUUCCAUCGCGGGCGAUGUAGCCUUUGAUGAGAUCGACGAUGGCUGGA